AUGGACCACCUCGUAAACGUGGUGUGUGGAGGAUUCGCGGGCUUCGUGGCAGACGCGCUGCUGUAUCCGCUCGACACGCUGAAGACCCGCAGCCAGUUGACGCGUAACCUCCAGGUUGAGCGUCGUCAUAUGCAACGUCUCCCACGCUAUCGCUCGCUGUACACUGGCUUCUUCGUUCUAGCGCUGGGCGACGUCCCGUCAAGCGCUGUGUUUUACGGCAUCUACGAAUUCACCAAGGAGGUGCUGUCUGAUCGCAACAUCAGUGAGUUCCCGCUAGAGCUGCGGCAUGCGGUUGCAGGCUUGGGAGAUGAGGGCACAAAGCUGCCGCUUCCCCUGGUUCACCUGGCUGGGUCGUCGUGCGGCCAAUUCUGCUCGCUGUUGAUACGGAACCCGUUUGAAGUCAUAAAGCAGCAGAUGCAGGCUGGUCUACACCCCACUUCCUACGCCACGUUCCAGUCCAUCCGCCGUGCUCAGGGGUACCGUGGCUUGUAUGCCGGCUUCUUCCCGACUCUGAUGCGCGAGGUGCCCUUCGACGGGAUACAGUUCAUGCUGUGGGAGCGCUUGAAGACACUUGAGUCAGCGAAAAGUUCAGUUUUGCGCAUUUGGCCCAUGGGGGGUUGCGCGGGAAUCGCAACGGUGCCGCUGGACGUGGUGAAGACGCGGCUCAUGACGCAGGGCUCGUCACGUAUGUAUUCGUCCGCGACCGACUGCGUAUGUCGCAUAGUACGGGAGGAAGGUCUGCGCGCCCUGUUCUCCGGCAUGUGGAUUCGAACGGCGUGGAUAACCCUCGGCGGCUUCAUCUUUUUUGCGAGUCUGGAGCUGGGUAAGCUAAAGGUGCGACCCCUGUUUCGGCCUGGCGAGGAUGCGUCGCUGCCUCAGGCGCCGCGCGCCCAUGCGGCAUAG